AUGUCGCGUGUGACGAAGAAGACUGUCAAGCCGGUGAACAAGCCUGCGGUUACUGAAGUGAUGGAUCCGGCAGCUAAGGAGCACCAGUCAGAGCUGGCUACGCCGAUGCCGUUGUUGAAGGACGUGGAAGGCCCUUUUGACGGUGGUGUGCGCGCAUCGCUGGCAAAGAGGCUGUCUGCGCUUAAGUUUCCUUCGUCGGAUGUGCCUGUUGUGGAUGGGGACAACAGUACUAACGAAGGACAAGGCAAAGAGGAGGAGGUGAAAUCGCCGAUCGCUGCUCCCGAUGCACCUGAGGAGGGGAGUGAAGACGAGGAAGAAGAAGAUGAUGGGUAUCUCAGUGAUGACCCUGAUGAGCGUUUUGACCCGGUGAAAGCAGGAGAAAUUGCUGCGUGUACGGGGUUCUCCAUCACGCUGCUAAUUCCGAUCAAGCACGAGGAGGAGGUCCCCUGCACUAUUGACACGGUCAAGGGACUCCUUGGGCUGUGGAGGAAGUUUAUGUCGGCUCACCCGGCGCACGCCCACCUGGUGGUUCUGGGAGACCUGAAUUUAGUGGAGGACCCCGACCUGGACAAAGCGUCGCGCUCGGGCUCGGGAAAUGAAAAUCAGAGGUUGCUGAGUUUCUGGAGAACAGAGGACCUCAGAGACGCCUUCCGAGUUCUACAUCCGUGCCGUCCGGAGUACACCUUCAGAGACAGGGCGACGAAGGCGACGGGAAAAAGAGGGGGGGGGCGGUGCACGUGCCCCCGGUGCGCCGCGACAGGCGACGGAGCAUGGCCGGGGCGGGGCCGGGGCAGGGUGGAGGCAGGGUCGAUGCAUAGCAGGGGGAGGGCCGCGAUAGGGCCACGACAGGGUCAGGGCAGGGCCGGGGUUGGGGCAGGUCCGGGACGGGGCCGCGACAGGGUCGGGGCAGGGCCGCGCCGAGGGGCCGCGACAGGGCCGCAAGGGGCGGCGGCGGGGCCGCUGGAGGCGGCGACGGGGCCGCUGGAGGCGGCGACGGGGCCGAUAGGGGCGGCGACGGGGCCGCUGGGGGCGGCGACGGGGCCGCGAAGGGGCCGCGAGGGGCCUGAAAGGUCGGCGACGGGGCCGGUAGGGGCGGCGACGGGGCCGCUGGAGGCGGCGACGGGGCCGCGAAGGGGCCGCGAGGGGCCUGAAAGAUUCUCAGAAGCGGACGCGGCGCUCCUUGGGGCGGACUGGACGGAGGAGGAGGUCAAGCAGGCGCUGGAGAGCCUCCCGAAGAGGAAGUCUCCCGGGCAGGACGGCUUACCUGCGGAAUAUUUCAUCCUGCACUGGGAUCUGCUGAAGGCAUACGUGAUGAGUUUUGUCGGGGAGUUCGCUAGGAAGGCGAGAAUGCCGGAGAGCUUAUCGACGGCUGUGACCGUCCUGCUGCAUAAGAAGGGGCCAACAGACCAACUGGGGAACUAUUGGCCCAUCACACUCCUGUCAGUCAUGUACAAGGUGAUUACAAAAGUUAUGGCUACGAGGCUCAAAAAGGUGCUGGGCAAAGUCCUGUCAAAAGAGCAACAUGGCUUCUUACCGGGGAAAAACCUGGCGGAUGCAGUACUGGUGGUAGCGGAUGUGGUGGAGGCAGCGAACAGCGGCAGGGAAGACUGGCUACUGCUGCUGGUGGAUUUUCAGAUGGCCUACGACACGGUCUCGAGGGUCUUCCUUUUCAAGGUCAUGAAGGAGCUGGGGGUGCCUGAAAAUUUCAUCGGCUGGACCAGGGGCCUGCAUGCAGACGCAGGGACAAGGAUCAUAAUUAACGGAUGGUUAAGCGACAGGGUGGAGAUGAACAGAGGUGUCAGGCAGGGGUGCCCACUGGCGCCAUACCUGUUUCUUUGCGCACUCGAGCCGUUAUGUAGAGCCACGCAGCGGGAGAAGCUGGGUAUCGGACCGGUCAUGAAGGAGCCGCUUGCAUACGUGGGAUAUGCUAACGAUACAUCGUUUUUGCUAAGUGGAGAAGCCCAGUUGCGGAAGGUGGUGGAGGUUUUGGACGCCUUCGGGAAACAGUCAGGUUUGAAGGUGAAUUGUGAGAAGUCAGUGGUGGUGCCGCUGGGAAGCAACCGGGGGGAGCCGGCGCCGGCAGACAUCCCGUAUAAAUGGUCGGAGCAGGGAGAGCCGGAAAGACUCUUGGGGGUGUGGAUAAUGCCCAACGGUGACCCGGGUCCAUCCUGGAAGAGGGCGUACGAAAGGAUAAAAGAGGAGCUGAGGAAAUGGGAGGCGCAGUAUCUAACGACCACGGCAAGAGUGGCGGUGAUUAGCUGCUAUGUCCUGCCAGUACUGAUGUUCCAAGCCCAAGUCUACUCGCCGCCGGAGGAGACAUGGGAAAAAAUCAGGAAGCUAUGUCAUGCGUUCGUAUCGGCGGGGGAGGCGGCAGAAGAAAAAAAAUUCAUUCUGUGUAGCGCGUACCUGGCGUGUCUGCCGCGGAAGGAUGGGGGUCUGGGGCAGCUGGACCCAAAGCUUUGCUUGGACGGGCUGGCGGUCCGCAGGGUCGGAAAGCUUCUGAAGGAGCCGGACGGAACGUGCCAAUGGCUGGCAGAAAAGGCGGCAGCUUUCCCGCAAGGGCUGGCCACGCUGUACGCACGCCCGUCGGCGAUAAAGCAGUGGCAGCACGGCAGUGAACGAUGGAAGGCGGCGGCAAAGGUGGAGGAGGAGGAGGAGGAGGAGGAGGAGGAGGAGGAGGAGGAGGAGGAGGAGGAAGAGGAGGAGGAGGAGGAGGAGGAGGAGUAG